UCGCUGGAUGGAAGGUCCGGUCGCAGAGUGAUGGUGGCGGCAGCGAAGAUGGGCCGGGCAGGGACCAUGGCGGUGGAGGCAGAGGUGGCAGGGGCGGGGCAGCUGGCGGUAGAGGAGACUGUGGUCUUCAGGGAGCUGUAGGUGGAGGCAUGGCUCGGGCUACCGGCGGGAACGGCAGCGAGGAGGCCUGGGGGGCACUUCGAGUGCGGCAACAGCAGCUUCGAGAGCUGUGCCCGGGAGUGAACAACCAGCCCUACCUCUGUGAGAGUGGUCACUGCUGUGGGGAGACUGGCUGCUGCACGUACUACUAUGAGCUCUGGUGGUUCUGGCUGCUCUGGACUGUCCUCAUUCUCUUUAGCUGCUGUUGCGCCUUCCGCCAUCGACGAGCUAAACUACGGCUGCAGCAGCAGCAGCGGCAGCGGGAGAUCAACUUGUUGGCCUACCAUGGGGCGUGCCAUGGGGCUGGCCCUGUCCCUACUGGCUCACUGCUUGAUCUUCGCCUCCUCAGCGCCUUCAAACCCCCAGCCUAUGAGGAUGUGGUUCACCGCCCAGGCACUCCACCGCCUCCUUACACUGCAGCCACAGGCUGCCCCUCGACUGCUUCCAGCCAGUGCACCUGCUGCUCCUCCGCUUCCAGCUGUCCUGCCCGCCACGAGGGAACAAACGUGGAAGACGUUUCCUCCCACCAGAGUGCCCCUCCUCAUCAGGAGGGUGAGCUUGGGGCAGGAGUGAGCCCUGCCCCCACACCCCCCUCCUGCCGCUAUCGCCGCCUGACUGGUGACUCAGGUAUUGAGCUCUGCCCUUGUCCUGACUCCAGUGAGGGUGAGCCAGUCAAGGAGGCUAGGGUUAGUGCCACCUCACGAGAGGUGGAAGACCAGUCCCCUUGUGCACGGCCCCUAAAUCCUGCACCCCAAGUCUCUCCUGUGGGGCUGGCUUCCAGCGAAGGGGACAUCCCAUAAGCAAUUUUGGGAGGCAGGGGGUGGGUUACUUCCCCACCAGAAACAGCCCUAAUCCCAGCUCCCUGGGUUCUUGGCCUCUCCCUGCCCUCCUAGAAUCUGAAAAGGCUGGAGUCCUGAGAAGGGCAGUGUUUGGGGGACUGUGCGAGCUCUAUCCCCCAGGAUAUACACAGGAGCCUUUGAUCUCAUUAAAGAGAUG